UGCUGUAAUCUGUAGAUGGUGAUUGAGAAGGUGCUGAUUAUGUCGAAUUUUCUUUAUAUUAAUGUGGUUUUGCUAUUAUUUUAGUUCGAUAUUUUUGAAGAGUAAACCGUGAAUUGCAGCGCCAUUCCGUUACAAUCCUUCCUGUCACUUCGCUUUUCCACCAGACAGUCCUAGAAUCUGCGAUUCGUCACCGAGCUGAUCCUCAGUGCCAACAGAUCCAAUUCUUUCUAAUCCAACAAUGGGUUAGCCAGCUCCGCAUCAAUCUUACGGGAAUGAUGUUGUGCUCUGACUGAGCCUCAGCAAUGAACGAGUCUAACCCCAAUACGCGGCACAUUGUCCAGGUGUUUGUGGGUGCCUUGUCGCAGCACUAUGAGGCAUUGUCAGUGGAGGCGUCCAAGCAGACGACUUCUGAGGAAAUCGUAUCUUGCAUUGUUGAGCGUCUGUCCUUGGGACUGGGCGCAGGUGGCUUUGAGCUCGCCGAAGUGGUCGGCGAUGCACUCGGCCGGGAAUGUAAGGAGCGGCGGCUUGGACCUCUUGAGUGUCCAGCUGCCGUCAUGCAUUUAUGGCCCAAGUCUUGUGCUGAGCGGGCAGAAUACUACAGGUUUUACCUGAGGGAAAAACUACCCGACAGCCUGUGGGCAGAAAACUUCACCAUGGAUCCACAACUGAUUAAAGAUUAUUUUUAUCGUUUCCUGUAUCAGCCGCAAGAUAGAGAGUACCCAGACCUGUGUCAGCUACCUGAUUUAAAUGAGAAGACAUUAAUGGAAAACCUGAGAGCCAGGUUUACCGCAGGCCAUAUUUACACUUAUGUUGGAUCCAUAUUAAUUGCGGUUAAUCCUUUUAAGUUCCAUCCGAUCUACAACCCUAAAUAUGUCAAACUGUAUCAAAACCGAAGGCUCGGACCGGAACUGCCCCCUCAUAUUUUUGCUGUGGCUGAUUUGGCAUACCAUAGCAUGCUUCGUGAACGUAAGAACCAGUGCAUAGUCAUCUCUGGUGAAAGCGGGAGUGGAAAAACAGAGUCCACCAAUUUUCUGCUCCACCACCUCACUGCACUGAGUCAGAAAGGUAGUCAUGGUAGCGGUGUCGAGCAAACCAUUCUAAGUGCCGGUCCUGUUCUAGAGGCUUUUGGGAAUGCUAAAACAGCUCACAAUAACAAUUCAAGUAGAUUUGGCAAAUUCAUACAAGUCAACUACAAAGAAAAUGGAAUGGUGCAUGGAGCUGUGGUUCAAAAAUAUCUAUUAGAAAAGUCACGAAUAGUUUCACAAGCAAGGAAUGAAAGAAAUUACCAUGUAUUUUACUAUUUGCUGGCUGGCGCUUCGGAUGCUGAGAAGCAAGCUCUUCAUCUCCGAGCGCCUGAAGAUUAUAACUACUUAAAUAGAAGUGGCUGUGUUACUUUAGAUAAUGUUGAUGAAAAAUAUGAGUUUUCAAGACUGAAGCAAUCAAUGGAAAUGGUCGGCUUCUCACCAGAAAAACAACGUCGGCUGUUCGCUGUUUUAUCGGCAGUUUUAUUACUAGGUAACAUGGAAUUCCAACCGCGAAAAGCAGCAUACCACCAUGACGAAGCAGUUGGAGUAAAAAAUCCACAAACAGUGCAAUUGAUUUCUGAAUUACUGCGAGUAAAGCAAGAAACUCUUCUUGCUGCGUUAACUGCAAAGCGUGCUCGUGCAUCUGGUGAAACACUUGUCAUUAAUUAUAAGUUACCCGAGGCUGUGGCUGCACGAGACGCGAUUGCAAAAUGUUUGUAUGGUGCUCUUUUUGAUUGGAUAGUCCUUCAAGUCAACCAUGCGCUCCUCUCGAAAAAGGACACAUUGCGGGAUCAUCAUGGACACUCAAUUGGAGUUUUAGAUAUUUUUGGCUUCGAAGAUUUUGGAUUGUGCAAUAGCUUUGAACAAUUUUGCAUAAACUAUGCAAAUGAACACUUACAGUACUAUUUCAAUCAACAUGUCUUUAAGUAUGAACAAGAAGAGUAUCGUAAAGAAGGUAUCCGGUGGAGUAAUAUCGAGUUUCUUGACAAUACUGCAUGCCUCCAUCUUAUUGAAGGGAAACCCAAUGGGCUCCUCUGUCUAUUGGAUGAUCAGUGCAAUUUUCCUGGAGCAUCAAAUGAAACAUUAUUACAGAAGUUUAACUCAGUGCAUAAAGACAACCCCUUCUAUGAGGUACCACAGCGGCGGGAAAACGCAUUUAUUGUUCGGCACUACGCUGGAAAAGUCAAAUAUCAGGUUGCUCAAAUGCGGGAGAAAAAUCUUGACUUCAUACGCCAAGACAUUUUAAGCGUAUUAAAAAAUAGUAACAUGGCAUUUGUAAGAGAACUGGUCGGCGCUGAUCCUGUUGCUGUUUUUCGAUGGGCCAUUUUGAGAGCAUUUUUUAGAGGUUAUUUCUCUUUUAUGGAAGCAGGCAAAAGAUUCCGUCAAUGCAAAGCAGAAGGGAAUUCACCAAGGAAUGUCCCCAAUAGGACAAGAAACCAUAUUCCCAACGAUAAUUUAAUCAGGCGACCAUUAUGCUAUGGUUCACUAGCCACACCGUACUUGGGGAAACCACAACGAACAAACAAUGAAUUUAGCGAUAGUCAGAACUCAAAAAGACUUGGCUCAGGGUCCAAGAGUCCUCAUGAUGUAAGCCACGUAGAAGCCAAAAAUGACAUUUUGAUUGAAUCAACGCGCAAUAUCUGUGAUAAGAGAAGACGCUCAGUUUUAUACCCAGAGGAAGCAAAAGUGUUUGAGCGUGCCACACAAAUUGUUAAGAAGAACAAGUCUUUUAGGCCUCGCGAGCGGUCAAAAAAAGGCUUGAAAAAUUUGCAGAGCGUCAAGACAUUGGCAGGAAGUACACAAAUUCACAGUCAGCUGGGAACGAAGGCAAGGAAACAGCCACUGACUGUCACUGCCCAGUUCCAACAAUCACUCCACAGUCUCAUGGAUACUUUGAAUCAAGCCAACCCGUUUUUUAUUAGGUGUAUCAAAAGCAAUGCGGAUAAGAUUCCUAACAAAUUUGAUGAGGAGACAGUUCAACGACAAUUACGGUACACUGGAAUGUUGGAAACCGUUCGGAUCCGACAGGCUGGUUACAAUGUCCGUCUCUCGUAUGAUGAAUUCAUACAGUUAUAUAGGAUCCUUUUACCCAGAGGAUUGCUCAGCUCACAAAGCGACGUGAAAGAGUUUCUGCUCACGCUCAACUUAGACAAAGACAAUUACCAAAUAGGAAUGAGCAAAAUCUUCAUGCGCGAAAGUGAAAAACUCAAGUUAGAUUAUAGGUUACAUCAACAAAUUAUGGCUGGCAUAGUCACCAUUCAGCGGUGGUUCCGUGCUCUCAUGGAGCGGCGUAGGUUCCUCCGAAUAAAACAAGCUGUCGUCCAAAUUCAAGCCCAGUGGAGAAUGAUCCUUGCUCAAAGGCUAGCAGAAAAUCUGCGAGCUGAAAAAAUGGCAGCUACGCAAAUUCAAGCUUCAUGGCGAGCGUACCGCACAAAACUUUGGUUCAAACGUUUCUCAGCAAGUAUAGUACCUUUCCAAGCGCAAGCUCGAGGCUAUCUCGUUAGAAAACGAGUGAAACAAAUGAGGCAAAGGCAAUUGAAAACGGUUAUUAAAAUCAGUUCGUCAGAUUUACCCGUAAGCUUAGCAUCAGAUAGGCUGUCUCCUGCUCAACUUCCUAGUCCAAUUGAUUUAAGGCAGGACCCUGAUGUCCAUUACGGUGUUCAGUUAGCAAGUAUAUCUGAAAGCUCAGAAAGAUUCGCUAGUUCUCCUUGCGAUAAGGAAGACUCAGUGGACUUAAGGAUCAACAAUCCACAAGAAGAUAUUUUAGGCAUAGAUAGUAAACUGAGGUCGAUGAAGCUAGAUUCAAGACCUAGUUCAGAGGAUUACCCAUUAGAUAAGAAAGGUAGCAAUGAUUCUUUAUCAUCGCAACGAAGUGAUUCUGGAGCACCAGUCAGAGAUAAACUCCAUAAAGCCAAAAAACAGUUCCAAGCCUUAAUAGGUCCAAAAUCGAAAAAAAUGGAAAAUGGUUCCGAAUCAGCAUACUCUGAUUCAGAAAUAGACAACAACAAUGAUGUCAUAUGGACAAAACAGUCAGAACCUUCAAAGCCCUGCUUGACGCGAUCACCUCGCAUCACAGGUGAUUCCCGGUUUUACUACUCAGCAGACCAUGCUAAUUCAAUCGGUGAGCGAAUGCGACCCCCUCAGGAGCCGCAGGCUCCCGCGAGAGGAACCAAGCGCAAAGAAUACUCAUUUCCAAGUGAAGACUCAGAGCGGGGAGAGAGGAGCGCUCCAGGCCAGUACAAGCAGAACAAAUGGACGCUCAAAAGUUCUAUAGGGAAGGAUUUGAAGCGACGUAAUUCAGAUCCAGCUGCUCAGAAUAUUAUAAUCACAGAUAAGAAAAAAGAAUCAAAGUAUGAACACAAAACUCCAGUCAGCAGUUCACCCUCAUACGAACUUCUUGAAUGGAAAGGAACAACAAUAUUCACAAUUGCAGGCCACAAAUUCCGAAAACUAGCGCGCUUUUCAAAAGAGGACCGCUGUGCCUACUGUAAUAAACCAAUGGACGCAUUUGUUACCCAGGGACACAAAUGCUCAGAUUGUAAACACAUAUUCCACACCAAAUGUAUUCAGAACGGAGGUGUCUUAAAAGUUCCGUGCCUGCAUGCAGUUGGAACUGAUGGCGGAGGGGGGAUCUGGAAGUACCGAAAGCAGUCAAGGGUUGUAGCAGAAAAGUCUAACUCCCAAACUUCACUCAACUGUGAUCGUAUCGCAUCAAGUGGUGGGAAGUUCAGUCUCACAGGAACAUCUGAGUUCACGGAUAGUACAGACAAGAUCAUUUCCGAUGCGAGGGAGCUAAAGCUUAUGCAAGAUUUCAUCACCAAAAAGAUUCAUGUAAUGGAGAGCGAGGAGGUCAAGAAACCCUCAAAGGUAGAUAAAAUCUUCAAGCAAGCCUUGCGAGAGUUCAAAGAUAAUCUGGUCGCAACUUACAGUGUGGUCAACAAACAGGGCGACAAACUCAACAUAAAAUAUAAAGAUCUUAUCGCCAAUUUCCUACACGUGAUGGAAACAGUGUGCAAUAAGGAAAAUACAGACAAGGACUUUCCUGUGACGAUGGGAGUGAAUGCAUUCCGUGGUUUCAUGAACGAGUUUACGCAGCUGACGAAGCUUGAAGCAGAGAAGCCAGGGAAAUUGAAGCGUAAGAAAGAAAAGAAGCAGAAGGGUGAUGAGCCAAUCAAAUACGCAGGGCACAUCUUUCACUUAACGAUCAUCAAUAUCCCAACAGCAUGUGAGAUCUGCUCAUCAUUUUUCAUGUGGCCACUCGAACGGGGACUCGUAUGUCAGAACUGCAAGCUAACGUGUCACAAGAAAUGUUACCUUCGCUCAAAUAAUGAGUGCGGUAAAGAUAUGCAAGCAAGUUCUGGGGUUUCACGCCCUCUGAGCAAUGUCCAUCAAGUCUUCGGUGUUCCUGUUCAUAAACUGGCCACUGGUGAUGGAAAAGUUCCUCUUGUAUUUGACCGCCUGGUCACAACCAUAGAAAUGUACGGCAUAUACACUGAAGGAAUUUACAGAAAAUCAGGGGUCACCUCCAAAGUGAAGGAACUUAAAAUGCUGAUGGAGAAGGGAAAUAUUGAAACAGUAGAAUUUGAAAAGUACCAGGUCCAUGUUCUAGCAAGUGUUUUGAAGUGUUUUUUUCGUGAGAUGCCAGAGCCUCUUCUCACUUUCGAUGCGUACGAUGAUUUCCUAAGAGCAGCCACUCUGACAGAGGACCGCGUGUCCACUUUGUAUGCCAUCCUGAAAAAACUGCCCAAGCCUAAUUUUGAUCUAAUGGAAAGGCUUAUUUUUCACCUUGCCCGAGUUGCUCUUCACGAAGGAACAAAUCGAAUGAAUGCAGGAGCCCUUGCUAUUGUUUUUGCGCCUUGCAUUCUGAGAACGAACAAGGUUGUUCCUGCUCAAGUGUCCCUGCAUGACAUUGGUCUGCAGACACAGGUUGUAGAAGUUAUCAUCACAGAGAAAAUGAGUCAAGUCAGUUCAACUUUGGAGGAUAUCAACACGCUUGACACAGCUUGUCACACUGCCACUAACCGGCUUUCCUCCUUGCGUAGUUCCAAGAUUUUCAACCCUGAUGAAACGCUGCCAGUAAAACAGAAUGAGGUCGAGGAAAUGCUGAUGGGACACUUGGAAGUGAUAGAAAAAGAAAAAGAAAUUCUCACAAGUAAAUUACCCUCACUCACACGUUCAACAUCUGAUGAUGAUCUCCUUUCAACGGACGAUGGUAGUUUGGAUGACGUGGACACUGGAGCUGCACAACAACCACUUGUGAGACAAAGGCCUGUCACACACCGACUUCGAAGUCGCCAGCGGCAACCUAUGGACAGUUCAAUGCCACAGUUCCCUCCUGAUGAUGAUCCAAUAAUGGUCUAAAAUUAACCUUUAUCUGUCACAGCAAGGAGUAUAUUGUCAGAAAUGUUUUUUUCUUUUGACAAAGUCGCUAUUGUAUUUACAAGAAACUUUUACAGUCAGAAAUAGGUGGAAACACCUAUCAACCAGCAAGGAAUCCAGGAUAAGAGGUAAUAAAUUUUGAAUACGAAUUAAUAUUAGACAAUCUUCUGGAUUUUACUGUCAGUUUGCCGCUCACUAUUUUUUCUUGAUGCUCCAAGCUCAGUGAAAGGUAAUUUCAUCUAUUUAGUUUAUUUUAUGUAAAAAUCUUGGUUUCCCUCUGUUUACAAGGUGCCAACGUUAAAAAUAUAAAUGCAUUUUUUUACAUGCCUGCUUAUGUUUGGCAGAACCACUUCACCUCUAAGGUCUAAUUUUACAGAGAAGAAAUAGGUUAAUCAGCUAAACUCAACAUUAAAAAUGGAUCUGUCUUACUUUAUACAAUUUGAUUGGUUUCAAUGGCGUUUUUUAAAUGAAAUCGAAGAAAUACAAAGUACUUCAAACAUGCUCUACCUAAACAUAUUUGAAGUCUCUCAAAAGCAAGAAUCUCAUACCGUCAAUGCAAACCUGAUCUAAUUAUUAUUCUUUUCUAAUGUAUAAUGCCUCUUAGGUUCCAAUAAAAGAGAAAUUAGAAACAUGGCGGUAUGCUUGUUUUUUUCAAGGGAAACACACCUUAACACAGCAUUUUAUGCCUCUUAGUGCCAAUUUCAAGAAAAUAAAAUUUAGGUGAGAUGAGGUCGUGUGCUGUUUCAAGUACCACCCAUGCCGAUUAUAACAACGAAUCAUUGAUAGAGGAAAAUAGAAAUAAUCCUGACCAGAGUUAGAACUUUUGUUAUCCUUAAGAGUGGAACUUUUUCAAAUCUCUGUCAAUGGCCUCCAACGUUUGUUUUAGUUACUUGAGUUGUUGGCCCCCUUAAUUAUCAACAGGUCACAAGUAAGUGGCAAGAAACUUUGUGCUUUCGUUCUGCUCAUGGAAACGGUAAUAAAAAUCCUCUAAACUUGUGUCCAGAAUUGUGUCUUUUUUUGCUGCAAAAAAUAUAAACAUGAUCUUUCAGAAAAUCAAACGAAUACUCAAAAAAAAUUGAGUUUUGGCAAAAUGUGAGAAGAGCAAAAAGUAUUUGUUUCAUUGAUUUUUGCUCUUGUUCGAAAUUCCAAUAAAAUCUGGCGAUACUAAUAGAGGUUGAACAGGUUUUUGUAUGGUAUGUCUUAACAGUCCCAUAACCAAAAAACUGUUUCGGCUAAAGAAUGCAUUCUUUGAUGCAUGUAUCGAAAACUUUUUUUGUCUGUAUCAACAAAUACCCAGAACAAAUCCUAAGUUUGUCAACCAUUACUUAGGCCACACUGUAGAUUCCUAAACAGGAAAAAAAAAGAAGUGUGAACUGUAGCAACUGAACAAUGUGUUAACAACUUGAUUGCAGGCUCUUGAGCAUUUUUUAACAUUUUGUAUAGUACAUGGUAAUCAUUAUUGGAAGCCAUGUGUAACUUUAAAAUCUAAGUUCUCAAAUGUGAUUGGAAUUGCGAUAUGAUCGCAAUUUGUGUAUAUAAUGUAUAGGGAGAACUGACUAUUAUCACAAAUGUUAAGGCACCUUGUGAAUGAAAUUUUAAAAUACUUCAUAAGUAUUUUUAUUAUUAUUUUGUUAAAUAGAUUUAUAUAUUUAUUUGAAACAGUUAAAGUUUACAGUGUCUGUUUUUUGUACAUACGAUGUACAUAACGUAACAUGUUGAAGUUUUGUACCUAAUGACCCUCGUAUGCAAGUAGUUCAAUUUUUUUACAGUCCAAUCUUCCUUUGCCUCUUUAAUUAACUUAAUCUUCGUUUAUUUUAUUUUUGAUACUGUAAUUUUCUUCUUUUUUGUAUGUUCAGAUCUAUUGUUCAUUUUGCUUGCCCCUGUCUCUUCUUUUUUUGCGACUGGAGAAAGGAAAUGUUGUAUUUUUGUUCUUUCUCUCCUCUUAGUACCUAGUAGCAUUUGAUGCGCAAAAAUAGUUGAUUCACAAAGCAAAAUUUUUUCCAUUUCUGUCGUAAAGAAUUCCAAAAUUGUGAAUAGUACAUUCUCUCUCCUUAUUAUAACUUCGAAUUUGUGAUAUUUAUUUAAUGGGAAUUUUACUGGAUCCGGAAAUCUUGCUUUACCAGUCACAAAAGUUGCCAGUUUGAUUUUCCUACAGUUUUGAUUCAAUGGAAAGAAUGGAAACACUAUAGGUUUUAAACGGGGAAGCUGAGUUGUCGCUUAGGUUCAAAAUUUUUCGCACUAUGUAUUAGCAUGUAUGUUUCUCUCGGAUGCUUAACACCAAAAUCUACUUUUCUCAGUUCUGCAUGAAAAGUUUAAGUGACGUGAAAAUUGAUCAAAAUCUGUGGUGGCCCACUCAAUCCCUGAAAAUCUAAGAAGGUCUCCUGCAGAAAACCAAAUAUACGGGUCCAAAAAAUUCCUGGUUGCAACUUUUUUUUUUAUUUUAGUCACUCAUUCCAAAAUCCUGGCCUGCAGAUUUGAUUCUACUGAAUACGCACUGCUCUGCAAUGCAAUUAUCAAGUAAAAAUGAAGCAACAUGUUCAAUUCUUGCCAGUAUGACUAGCUAAUCAUCUUGUGUGAAGUAGGUGAGAUGAAAGAGUUUCAAAUCAUGGUACCUCAAUGAUAAGAAUAAGAAAAAGAGCUCAAACACUUUUUUGAGUCUUCACUCAGUAAGCACAACACAUGGCGCCUUGCCAAAGCUUAAUAACUGAGAUAAUGUUUACAAUUGUACGCUGAAAGUUAUUGAAUCCACAAACCAGGAUUUUUUUCACCUGGUACUCAAGCAUUCCUCGCCAUUGUCAGUACUUUUGCAUUUAAUAGGUGUUUUCCAUACUUUUCAGUUUGUCUUCCAGUUCUCAAAAUUUUGUGAUAGCUCAAAGAAAAUCAGGCAGAAAAAAGUUGUGUGUUGAUCGAGCAGAUUUUAAAUUAAAAAUAAAAGCUGUUUCCUCUUGAAGUGCUGGCCCACUCAAAAUGAUCUCAAUAGCUGUCUGACUGAAGAGCGGUAAAGUCGGUUUGUUUCUUUGAUUUCAUAAGAGCAAACAAUGUAACAGUUGCAGUUAAAUCAUAGUCAGCAUCAUCAUUCAUCAGUAAAAAGUAGUCGUUAUUGUAAAAGAAAAGUGGCCUCUUUGCAAUGCUGAAAUCAAAUUAUAAAGAGAAAUCUAAGGGAAAAGGUUCUAAACGGCUUUUGUACCUGUUACAAGGCAAAAUAGCGAAAGCAUUAUGCGUUCAGUCAUAGCUUGUCGGCUUCACCUUCAAUAAUUUUAUAGUGAGCCAGUACUCAUAGGAAGUGUGUUUUCCUUUUCGAACUUUCUAAAGCAACAAAAAAUAAUUUCCAGCAUUGUUGACUUUUUUCUGAUUUAUUUUUUCAAGCUCUUCUUUGUUACAUGUCUUCUUCAUAACUCAUCGAAAUUAUUCAGGUUAUUACCUUGCCACCCUUUUAAAAGCCAAUUCUUACUUAAUACAUAUUCUUUUUUUUUUUUUUUUUUUUUUUUUUUUUUUCAAUUAAUUUGCCAGAUAUUUUCUCAGAUCUCAUCCAAAAAAUUAAGUGAAAUUAUUUUUACAAUCGUAUCAUAUCUCUUGCUUUUCCAAUGUUUGUUUGACUAUUUCAUAGGGAAUUAUGGAAACGCAAAUGUCCCCAUACCUCUUGCUCUUGGCAUUGUUUAACUAACCACUUGGUAGCUAAGCAUAAAAAUUCAAAUUUUCAACAUCCAAGUGAAUAGUGUCCUCUUCUCUUCCAAAACUUAGGUUGUUUCAGUGAGCUAAAUUAUUUAAAGUUUCUUUAUCUUUGAUACUUUCAAGAGACUAACCUAGGAGCUCAUGAAGUAUGGAAGCUAAUAUGCACGGAUAUUUUUCAGUGUAUUUAACUCAAGGUGAUUCAGAGUGAAUGUCAGUCUUUAUUGCCUUAGGUUUAAGCAUCAGGUCUUAAUUGCUAUUUUACACUUUGCAGAGUGGAUCAGUGAGGAUAGUCCAUUUAAAUCUCAAGGUAUAUCUUCAUGAAUCACAAGAGCAAGAAGUUUCUACAUGGUCCUGCUCUCUUAUAGGCUGUUCGAAAAGGUCUCAAAAUUUUAAUGAAAACAAGAGAGGUGUGUAAUUAAUUGUCAUGACUGUCUUAGUUACCAAUCACCACCACCACCAGCCCCCCCCCCCAAUUGGAUGGAAAAUUUAUCAAAAAGGAAAAUGUCUGGAUUGGUAGCUAGAUGUGCACUUACAUUUGGUAUAAUCUGUGCAUUUUUAGGCAAGACAAUUAUUUUAUAAAUGAAGUAGAAAGAAAAUUCAAUGCUGACCAUGCUCCGUACUAUUGCUGUCAUUAGCGAUCAGAUGAAUAUUCACCGCCAUAAUCGCUGAAUUAUGGUUGUAACCCGAUAAAUUUGAUUAAUCCAUAAUCCAACUAAGACACACUUAAUUGCAUACCUCUCAAAAAUAUGCUUUUACAGUGCAUUUUAUGUAGCUCUUAAGAUCAGUUUUUCCUUGUUGAAGUACUUUUUUUCCUUUUUUAACCUGUCUUCCAUUCAAAAAAUUGCUUUUAUUAUACAAAAGUUUGAAGAUUUUCAGAUUGCCGAUUUAGGCAUUUCCCAGGAAGGAACUUAAAAUUUUGAUCUCAGAGUGUUGGUCAUAAGCUCUUCCAGACCAGUAUAACAGCUUAUGUAUUUAUUAUUUUACAAAAAUCUUCCGAAGCUUUGUGAUGAUCUUAGAAAUGUUUUUAGCUCAAAUCCAUAAACCUUCGUAUAUUUUUAGACUUUUUAUUCUUUUUCAAAGUGAUAUAUCCAGUUAUUUUCUUUCUGACUGCAUUCACAACGUUUAGAGUAAAGUUUCAAUAUUAUUCGUGUAUCAUUUAUCAUCUCCUUUAGUUUUUGUAGCAAAUGAAGUUUGUCAAACAUUUUUUGAAAGAGAUAGGGAUAGUUGCUCUGUAUACAGAUGCCUCUAGAUGUAAAUAAAUCAACUCUCUCUAUGUUCUCUUGGAAGAAGAACUUCUACCAUCAUCAAGGGAUUUUUAUUUUUGAAAAUUCAAAAUAAUAAACUUAUUAUUUUCGGUUUUCUUCAAAAGUAAGUUAUUUCAAAGAUUUAGUUGAGAAAACCUCACUGUAAUGAGUGGUAAACCUGUCUUGAAUGUUGGCGCACCUCUGCUUAGAAGUCUCCCAUUAGCGUGUAAGCAUUUCCUUAUGCUGAAAAUGCACUUAAUCAAGUAUCUACCUAAUCUCUUGUCUCUAGUUUCACAUGUUCCUGAAACUCGACCAAUUAUAUUCCUGAAAAACGUGUAUAAAUUUAUGCAUUUACUUGUA